AUGUCCUUGUCUCUGGACCUCGUUCUAGACGUUGGCAACAAGAUUGAGCGAUUGAAAACAGUACCGACGCUUAAUAUUAUUCCCCCCUUAUUUUCCAACUCAAUAGAGACAUUACACACUGCUCAUAAUGUUGCUGAAAACUAUUCGACAGAGCACGACCAGUUUCGCCCACUUUUGGAAUCACCAGAAUAUGAAGAGGGAGUCGAAAAAUCCUCACCUCCUCCGAGGGCGUCUGCUUCCAGACUCAGUUUGACGUCUGCUAACAUGGGGAAGACUUUUGAUUUGGCUUUGAAUGGCAAAAUUUCCAGUUCUCCUCUGUCAGCUGGGAGAAAUUCAGCUCUAGUUCAAUUCAACUCGCAGUCCCAUAGGAAAGUUAUACCGGCCUUUCCACAGAAGCAGGCUCACGGCUGCAUGGAGAUAAGAUAG